ACUUGAUGCGGAGUUACAGAAGAGUGUGGAGGGUAUAAUCGUCUAUGGAAUUGUUUUUCCUUCAGAGUUGAGUUUAGACGACUUGCAAGCCAAGGAAAGAUUCCAUUUACGACUUUUAGAAAAUUUGUAUUCUUUCGAGUGUUCAUUUAUCGAUGGUUGUGCCUGUCUGUCUCAAUUGUGAUCCAGUGAUCCUCGUGUAAUUUCCGGAUAGAGAUUUUGCCAAUAGAUCAAUAUUUAAGUGAAGUGAUAUUACAUUAAAUAUACAUCUACUAAUGUCAUCUAAUUUUUGUGCUCACAUGGGCCUAGCCCAGUCUAAUCUCAUCUUCAUAGGAUGCUGAUUUCGGCAGAGAGCCCGUUUCAGCAACAGACAACUUUCAUUAAUGUGCCUGUUGAAAGAAUGACUAAAUAUAUCAACGGUGAAAACUAAUUAAUCGAAAUGAUAUCCGUUGCUUCUUUUCAUUGAUGGCUUUAUGUGAUGAAGAGUAGUUGGAAGGAGGAAUGGAGAGUGGUGGUAGUUACGGCAACGAGAGGCGCGCAGUGUUUAAGGAUGACUCAUGGUUUAGCCAAUUUCGGAAUGGCUCCAAUCCUUGGAUGGCCAGAUAUGUUUAUGCGUUGAUUUUUCUGGUAGCAAACUUGCUAGCAUGGGUAGUUCGGGAUUAUAGCAGCGGAGCCUUGCCGGAAAUGGAGAAACUAAGGAACUGCAAAGGUGGGCAUGAAUGCUUGGGCGCUGAAGGAGUUCUUCGAGUGAGCUUGGGUUGCUUUAUGUUUUUUAUCAUAAUGUUCUUAUCGACAGCUGGUACUUCGAAGUUAUAUGCGUCCAGAGAUUUGUGGCAUUCUGGAUGGUGGUCUGCAAAGAUCAUCAUGUGGAUUACCUUGACAGUCAUCCCCUUUCUAAUGCCUUCUUCCUUUAUUCAGCUUUAUGGGGAGGUCGCACACUUUGGUGCCGGGGUCUUUCUCCUAAUUCAGCUAAUCAGUGUGAUCAGCUUCAUUACAUGGUUAAAUGAUUGCUGUCUGUCUGAGAAAAAUGCAGAAAGAUGCCACAUCCAUGUUAUGCUAACUGCAACAACCGCAUAUGUUAUAUGCAUAGUGGGGAUCAUAAUGAUGUACAUUUGGUAUACACCAGACCCUUCUUGCCUCCUCAACAUUUUUUUCAUUACAUGGACACUGGUGCUCCUUCAACUCAUGACCAGCAUCUCUUUGCACCCAAAAGUAAAUGCUGGUUUCUUGGCUCCAGGGCUUAUGGGCCUUUAUGUGGUAUUUAUCUGCUGGUGUGCCAUUCGAAGUGAACCUGCCGGGGAAAGUUGCAACAGGAAAGCAGAAGCUUCAAACAGAACGGAUUGGCUGACCAUCAUCAGCUUUGUUGUUGCACUACUUGCAAUGGUCAUUGCAACAUUUUCUACAGGCAUCGAUUCCAAGUGCUUUCAGCUCAGGAAGGACGAGUCACCGGCCGAAGAUGAUGUUCCCUAUGGUUAUGGUUUCUUUCAUUUUGUUUUUGCCACUGGAGCCAUGUACUUUGCAAUGCUGCUGAUUGGGUGGAAUACUCAUCACACCAUUAAAAAGUGGACAAUUGAUGUGGGUUGGACAAGCACUUGGGUCAGGAUAGUUAACGAAUGGCUGGCAGUUUGUGUAUAUUUGUGGAUGCUGGUGGCCCCAAUCUUCUUGAAAAGCAGACAAGUAGAUGAAUCGCCCGUGUAAUUAGGAAGCUCAAAACAACCAUUUAUUGUUCGCUUUGCAGAUCUAGAAGAAAUUAACACCAUGAUCCAAAAAAUUCUUCAGGCCAGAACGAAAUCCGCACGCAGGUGAUUAUCACAUGAAAUAUAAAUUCAAUCUCGGCACCUCAAAGAGAUGAUAUAAAAAUAUAUUUGGGAAGUACAAAUUUAUUUGUACAUAUGCAAAGGUGGAAAUCUUUUAUAUUGUUCUUAUACCUUACGGGCUUGAGCCCUGCAAGAACAAUUUUUUUGGCACGCUUCCUAAUUCAUAUUAUUUUUUUAAAUAUAACAUAUGGAUGAAUUUUGUGUAUUUGCAUUGGCCGGAUUAAUAAUUUUAGAUUCUGUUCCAAAUUUACGUUCUCAA